CCUUGUUUUCCUUGUUUUCUGUUCGAGAAAAAGUACAUCCGUCCACUCAUACACAAACACAUACACAUCGUCUUUUUCUUUCCCUGUCUUUCUGUCUUCCUUCACAUAUCUUUGUUCGUCUCUCCCCCACUCUCUCUCUUUCCUCCAACCCCCACCCCCCACACCCCCCCUCGCCCGGCCUCUCAACAGCCCCUCACGCGGUCACAGCAAGAUUUUUACUGACAUACGCCAAAGAAAGAAAGCUUGCAUAACAGCCGUGAUAUCAUUCUAAUAUGGUACCACCAGGCUCUUCUUCUGUGGGAGGAGCGACGACAACAGCUUCCACAAGCCGACACUCUGCUACCAACAACAACAACGAGCUGUUGUUGGCUGAACCAUCACUACAUCAUCUGCAAGACCAUCACAUCAACAGUCGACAAAGCAAUGACAAUUGGUUACCGGGAUCGGAUCCACCCAUCAUGAUGCAAGUCAUGAAUAAUCAAGAUGACAGUGACGGCGACAAUGUAUAUAUCGAUCCGAAACACGAGAAAAGACUCAUUCAACGGCUGGAUAAACGGUUAUUGGGAUUCGCCAUGCUUGGUAACAUGGUCAAAGCACUAGACAAUAGCAACCUAGGAAGCGCGUUUAUAUCGGGUAUGGAAGAAGAACUCCACAUUACUGGGCUUCAAUAUAAUUGGAUGAGCGUCAUAUUCAUGGCAGGCUACUUGGUGAUGCAGAUUCCAUCAAAUAUGCUAUUAUCAAGAUUACGCCCAUCCAUCUAUUUGCCCUCGCUCGAGCUUAUUUGGUGUGUGCUGACAUUAGCCAUGGCGUGUGUACAGUCCGUCAAUGGCGUAUAUGUGAUCCGUGUUCUAUUGGGUUUGGCCGAGGCUGGGUUUUACCCCGGAAUCGUAUUUUUGAUCGGUACCUGGUACUCCAAGCGCGAAUUGGGUAAACGGAUGGCCUUAUUGACCAUUUGUGGAGCUCUUGGUACAGGAUCAAGUGGUGUCAUUCAAGCGGUAAUGCUCACAACAAUGGAUGGCAAGCUGGGCAUCAGUGGGUGGAGAUGGAUGUUUGUCUUUGAUGCUUGUAUCACUGCAGUUUUGGCUUGGUUCGGACGCCAGUAUUUACCGGAUUAUCCGCACAAUACAUCGUGGCUAAGCAAUAAGGAACGAGAUAUUGCUAUUCGACGCAUGGGUGAUGACACUAGCAACAAGCUUCAUGACAGUGGACUGCUAGUGGUACCAGCAACAGGACCACAUUCAAAACACGAAAGCACAUCCGCAUCUGUGCGAAAACUUUUACGCAAUAAAUACUUAUAUUUAUUUGUUCUUGGCUGGGCAUCGUUGCAGCUUUCCCUUGGAGCAGCGCAUGUACUUGGCAUUAUGGCAAAGAAACUCGGCUAUGAUGCUGUCACUGCCAACCUACUUACCACGCCAGAUAUGCUGAUUACCAUGACUGCAGGACUAUGCAAUGGGUUUAUAAGCGAUCGAAUGAGAACACGCUUUUGGUGCAUCGUAUGCCCCGCAUUAUUAGCCUUUUUCGGCCUGGGGAUGUUGUCAUCGUUUGUGCAACCCUUUGGAUUACUGUAUGCUUCGUAUAUAUGUACCCAUGUUGGAUUAGGAUCUAUCACUUCAAUCAUGAUGACUUGGGCCAGCGAAACCAUCUCACGUGAUAUAGGCGUCCGCGCACUCGCUAUAGCUACUAUGAACACAUCUGCUUCGAUCAUGUGGCUCUGGUCUCCGUUAGUACUAUGGCCUGUCACCGAUGCACCACGCUACCACAGAGGAUUCACAACAAGUGCAUGCUGUGUCGUGUUCUUCUUGAUGAUUGUUUCCAUCAUUGGAUACAAUAUUCAUUUCAAGGAUAGACGCUCGCCCAUCAAGCCCAAGAACAGCUCAAAUAAUUUGCGACGACAGUCGAGUGAGAUCAAGGAGCCUCUGAUGAGCCAACGAUCCUAUGAGGAGGACUAGCUACCAUAAACGACCCGCCAUUUCUCUAUCCCCUUCCCAAUAGCCUUACUACUUUCAAGCAUAAAUGGAAACAGUAACACACCUUUCAACAUCUGUCCCCAUCAACAUCAUCUAUCUCUACAUCAUGUAAAAAACGAAA